AUGAAACACGACGAAGGAACAGGAAAAAAUGACGAGCAAAUAGAAAAAAAAAAUGAUAAAAGGAAAGAUAAAAGAAAAGAAGAAAAGAAAGAUAAAAAAAAAGAAAAAGAAAAAGACGAUGAAGAUGAAGGGGAAGACGAAGAAGAAGACGAAGAAAAAAAUGAAGAGGAAAAUGAAAAGAACAACGAAGAGAAAAAUGAAUAG